AUGUCAAUCACGUUAUUCAUUAUCAUGGCACAAUAUUUGACAAAAGCUGGUGCUAUUGUAUUAACUGCUGGCAAUCUGCGGUCAACAUACAUGAGUGUUCCAACACUUUCCUUGAUGGAUGCUGUUGAUACAAAGCUAGGCCACGCAACGCCGGGUAAUUCGGAUUGUGUACGGAACAUUCUUAAUAACGUGACAGCAACGCUUGGAUUAACAGAAGAAGAAGUUGCUACCAUCAAGGCAUAUACCGCUAAUUGUCUUUAUUCUGAUCUGAACACCGCACUUCGUACCGAAAAUUAUUCUUCGAUAAAGCGUUGGUUUGCAUAUUUAAAACUUUUUCAAUUAGCACUAACCAAACUCAAUGCAGCAGAAGGGAAAUUUUGUCGUGGCGAGAGGCGAACGUGGAAUGUAACUUAUAAAUAUGGGGAAAUCAUUACUUGGUGGGCUGUUACGUCGGUUUCAUCUAAGGUAUCCGUCUGCACUCAGUUUUUGGACGGACUUCCUCAUUCACUCUCGGGUACACUUUAUACGAUCCAGUCACAUACAGCAAGGAGCGUGGAACACAUCUCUAAAUUUCCUGAAGAAGCCGAAUCAAUUCUACUACCAGCUACAAGUUUCAGAGUCAUUUCUCAUGGUGUAGAUCCGAUGCGGCCAAAAACAUAUACGAUUGACUUAGUAGAGAUACGUUCUGAAACUACUGAUACCAGCACGAAUACCAAUAUAGUGCCAGCUGUGUUUACAGAACAUAUAACUAAACAUGUGAUAGAUACGACGUCAGGACAUUCACAUCUGAUUUUACCUACAGAACAUAUAACUAAACCUGUGAUAGGUACGACGUCAGGACAUUCACAUCUGAUUUUACCGGUGAGCAAAGCUAUCAGCAAUAAUCGGUAA